AUGGCACGUUUCGCUAUCAUCACAUGUGCUGUGAGCUUCUUCCUUGGCACCCUCUUUGUACUUCAGCUGUUUUCCGCUCCCGGGGCCUCGCCACAACGGAGAUGGUUCAGGUUCCCGUCGAAUCAGAAGCCGACCGGUGCCUCGUGCGAUGAUGAUAGUUGCGGUUACUUGUUGGGAGUAGGAAAGGCCGAUGUUACCGGGCCAGUUGUGGAAAUCCCGUUUAUGGGGUAUGCAAAUACCGAGCAAGUUGGAACGGGUCUCCGGCAGCGGCUUUACUCGCGCGCUUUUAUUGUUGGAAGCCCCAAGAACCCUGAUAACAGAUUUGUGUACAUCGUUUCGGACAUCGCUGCUGGUGACACUGCUAUCAGGGAUGGAGUGCUACAAGGCCUUUCUGCGUUGGGCGGAGACUACGCCCGUUAUGGCCAGCAUAACGUCGCGCUGACUGGAACGCACUCGCAUGCUGGCCCUGGAGCCUGGCUUAACUCUUUAUUGCCGCAAAUCAGCACCAAAGGUUUCAACAAGGAGAGCUAUCAAGCCAUCGUGGAUGGCACUGUACUCUCAAUCAAACGAGCACACGAGUCCUUGGCCCCCGGGCGGUUGAGUUUUGCAAUGGGGGAGAUUGAUAAUGCUAAUAUUAACCGAAGCCCGUUUUCAUACCUUGCUAAUCCAGCGGCAGAAAGGGCUCGGUACGAUGGCGACACCGAAAAGAAAUUCUCACUGCUGAGAUUUGACCGCUUGGAGGAUGAAAAGACAAUCGGUGUUCUCACCUUCUAUUCAGUCCACGGAACCUCCCUUUACCGGAACAAUACGCUUGUAGCGGGUGACAACAAAGGGGUCGCUUCGUAUCUCUUUGAACGCAGCGCACGAAAAAAUGAAAGAUUUGCGAAGGAUUUCGUUGCCGGAUUUUCCCAAUCGUCGGUCGGGGACGUCUCACCAAAUAUCGAAGGCGCCUUCUGCGAAGACACUGGGCUCCCAUGCAGAUUUAACGAUAGUACAUGUAAUGGCAAGGCAGAACUGUGCCACGGACGGGGUCCCUUUUUCCGUGAGAAAGAUGAAGGCACAAAGAGCUGCUUUGAGAUCGGUCGUCGGCAAUAUUCCGAAGCCAUCCGUCUAUAUAACCAAAUGGAUCAGGAGUGGACAAGCAUCCGGGGAUCGUCUGCAGUUUCUUCGUUUCAUUCGUUUCAAGACUUUUCGACAUAUAAAUUCACCUCGCCGUUCAAUCGAAGCAGGGAGCUCACCACAUGCUCGGCCGCUCUCGGUUUUGGAUUUGCAAGCGGGACAACCGACGGCCCGGGAUAUUUCGACUUCACUCAAAAUGGCACCCACUCUCCAUCCACGAAAAACCCCGUCUGGCACUUUGCUAGGGACCUGCUCCAUCCGCCUACCAAGCAACAGAAAGAAUGCCACAAACCGAAACCAAUCCUUUUAGAUGUGGGAGAGCUGGAUACUCCCCUACCCAGUGGACGCCUAAUAUUGUUGACAUCCCAGGUCCUGCGUGUUGGCCAGGUGCUCAUCGUCGUGUCUUCUGGAGAAGUCACGACGAUGGCUGGACGUCGCUGGAAGGAGGCAGUUGCGGAGACUGCAAAGCGGACCCUCGAUAUCAAGGAUCCCAUUGUCGUGCUGGGUGGCCCGGCCAAUACGUAUGUCCACUACAUCACCACCGAGGAAGAAUAUGGCGUCCAGCGCUACGAGGGCGCCUCGACCCUGCAUGGGCCGCACACACUUGCAGCCCACGUAAAUCUGACCCUCACGUAUCUCCCACACCUGACAGGCGGUUCCGCUCCUUCACCGCCCGUCCCACAUGGCCCAGACCCAGAGAUCAACACCAACCGAUCGGUGUCGUUUAUCCUCCCCGUCGUUUUGGAUACGCCCGGAAUUGGGAAGUCCUUUGGCCACGUUCUUUCAUCUCCGCUCUCUGACAAGACCUUCCGGCCGGGCGACACAGUUGCGACCAAAUUUGUGGCUGCGAACCCGCGAAACAACUUCCGACUUGAAGGCACCUUUGGGGCUGUUGAACGAGAGGUCAGUCCAGGCAAAUGGGCGGUUGUCCGUGACGAUUCAGAUUGGAAUUUUGUAUAUCGCUGGGGCCGCAAAAGCCCUGGUCUGAGCACUAGCGAAGUUACGCUCGAGUGGCUCAUUGAAGACGAGUAUUAUUCUGUGGGCACGUCCAAAGUUGAGAGUGGGACAUAUCGUAUGGUAUACUAUGGCGACGCAAAGGGCUGGGAUGGAAAAGUUCGCUCAUUCAGUGGUGCUGGGCCUAGUUUCAAAGUAGCUGCCUAG